CGCUUGUUAGCUUGUAUUUCCACCGUUUCUCUUCGGUUAACCAAAUCAUCUCUCUGCUGCUCAUUCUCUCCGACGAUAGUACCCCAUCGUUCGUCUAAUUUCCUCAGAAUGAAGGUUCCAGAGUCUGGGUUGAUGCGUUUCAUAAAGCGCACAAACGUGAAGAUCAUUUAUGAUGAGAGAGUUCCGAUAGACGAGGCUAAAAUCGUCUGUCGGCAAGAAGAUUACUUUCACAUUAAGAAGGUUAUAAAGGCUGAAGGCAUAUUUGGCAACCUUCGGGCUCUUCCUUCCUGGGCCGUACUUUUAUGGAAGUAUGGCUUUAGGAAGUGACUUAGGGCGGUUUACUUUUUCUUUCAUUGACUCUUUUCUGGAUUAAGAUGUCUGUCUGUAUUAAGUAUUAAGACGUCUGUCUGGGAUAAGUGACACUAGUAUAACAAGUUGUUUACUAUAUGUGUUGAAUGCAUUGUCUGAAUGCUAUUCAAUUAACAAUUUAUUCUUGUGCCGGUAACAAGUGUAACAAGUAUCGAUUCUACUGAAUAUAUGUUGUCUGUUUACUUUUACUAUUCUGAAUGAUAU